CUGGACACGCUGGGCGCUGCCGCCGCCAAGCUGCGGGAGGACAUGGCCCCCUACUACAAGGAGGUGCGGGAGAUGCUGCUGAAGGACACGGAGAGCCUGCGCCAGGAGCUGACCAAGGACCUGGAGGAGGUGAAGCAGAAGAUCCGGCCCUUCCUGGACCAGUUCUCCACCAAGUGGACGGAGGAGCUGGAGCAGUACCGCCAGCGCCUGGCGCCCGUGGCCCAGGAGCUGAAGGAGCUCACCAAGCAGAAGAUGGAGCUGGUGCAGCAGAAGCUGACGCCGGUGGCCGAGGAGGCGCGGGACCGCCUGCGCGGGCACGUGGAGGAGCUGCGCAAGACCCUGGCGCCCUACAGCGACGAGCUGCGGCAGAAGUUGAGCCAGAAGCUGGAGGAGAUCCGGGAGAAGGGCAUCCCCCAGGCCGCCGAGUACCAGGCCAAGGUGGUGGAGCAGCUCAGCAACCUGCGCGAGAAGAUGACGCCCCUGGUGCAGGACUUGAAGGAGCGCCUCACCCCCUACGCCGAGAGCCUCAAGACCCGCUUCAUCACCCUCCUGGACGACCUCCAGAAGAGCAUG